CCUCCUAGUCAUCUUGCAGUGCUGGUCAGGGGACGACAGGGGCAGCAGCAAGUGGGGAUGCGAGGCCCCCAGGUACUGCCCAGUCGCUGAUGCAAACCUUUCCUGCCCGGGCUCUCUCCCAGCUCUCUCGGGUCGCUGCCAAGAGUCGGCCUGGAGGGUCCAAUCGCUGUAAUGAUUGCAACUUGGCUGCAUCCGGGAUGCAGUACCGGGGACGCGAGCCGGAGGGGGAGGAGAUGGUGGGCCCCUUUGCCAAACGCAACGCCGCAAAGGACUGAAGGCUGAACGGACUGGUUCCCGAGCUGGAAGGAAGCCCUAGGCUUUCGAGCUCGGAGGGACUCUCACUGCAGCUCAGCUCGCCAAGCCUGGCGGCCACGGCCGCCCCGCGGGAGGGGACGAAGCCCGGGGCGAGGGUUAUGACUCAUUAAUUAAAAAGAAGAACUUCCCCAAAUACUUUGCACUUUUAACUUCAUAUAAUGGAUACCAAGGAAGAGAAGAAAGAACGGAAACAAAGUUAUUUUGCUCGAUUGAAAAAGAAAAAACAGGCCAAACAAAAUGCAGAGACAGCCUCAACGUUGGCUACAAGAACUCAUACUGGGAAAGAAGAUGCUAAGACAGCCAUUUUAGAGCAAGACAAGUGCAGCAUUGCUGUGGAAGAGGAAUAUAUCACUGAUGAGAAAAAGAAGAGAAAAAAUAAUCAGUUGAAAGAGCUCAGACGUACAGAACUAAAGAGGUAUUAUAGUACUGAUGACAAUCAAAACAAAACACAUGAUAAAAAAGAGAAGAAGAUGGUGGUUCAGAAGCCCCAUGGUACUGUGGAGUACACUGCUGGAAGCCAGGACACCCUAAACUCCAUAGCACUGAAAUUUAACAUCACUCCCAAUAAACUAGUGGAAAUGAAUAAACUUUUCACACAUACUAUUGUUCCAGGCCAGGUUCUUUUUGUGCCAGAUGCCAACUUGCCCUCUAGUACCUUAAAGUUAUCAUCGUCCAGUCCUGGUGCUACUGUCUCUCCUUCAUCAUCAGAUGCAGAAUAUGACAAACUGCCUGAUGCUGACUUAGCAAGAAAGGCCAUAAAACCCAUUGAAAGAGUCUUAUCCUCUACUUCUGAAGAAGACGAGCCUGGCGUGGUAAAGUUUUUAAAAAUGAAUUGUCGAUACUUCACCGAUGGAAAGGGUGUGGUCGGAGGUGUCAUGAUUGUCACUCCUAACAACAUCAUGUUUGAUCCUCACAAGUCCGACCCCCUGGUCAUUGAAAAUGGGUGUGAGGAGUAUGGCCUCAUUUGCCCCAUGGAAGAGGUGGUUUCCAUUGCCCUCUACAAUGACAUUUCCCACAUGAAGAUCAAAGAUGCCUUGCCAUCUGACCUACCUCAGGAUCUUUGUCCUCUGUACAGGCCUGGAGAAUGGGAAGACCUGGCUUCGGAAAAGGAUAUCAACCCCUUUAGUAAGUUUAAAUCCCUCAGCAAGGAAAAACGGCCGCAUAGUGGAGAGAGAACCAUCACUGCAGAUUCCAAAUCCACAAGGCCUUUGGAGAAACCAACAGAAUACACACACACGCAGCCCUCAGACAGCUCUGAGUCAGGACAGCUAAAGAACCUGGAAUCCUCUGUGGAGGCAACCGAGGGAUCUACCACAGCAACGCAAGUCAGCAAGCAGCCUCCUGACCCUCCUACUGAAUUGAAGUCUGUCGCCAAAGAAAAUUCCCUUCUAGGAGAAGAAGAUGACUUCGUUGACUUGGAUGAGCUGCCUUCCCAAAAUGAUAGUGGGAUGGACAAAAGAGACACCUCAAAGGAGUGCCUUUCUCUCCACCCAGAGGAGCAAAGGAAGGCUGAGUCACAGGUCAUCAGUUCUGCCACGGACAUGCAGGCGCAGUCAGCCCUGAGCUUUUCAAGAACAGAAAGUGAUGCUGAACUGAAGGGGGCCCUAGAUUUAGAAACCUGUGAAAAACAAGAUAAAAUGCCCGAGGUGGACAAGCAAUCUGGUUCUCCCGAAAGCCAGGUGGAAAACACGUUGAACAUACAUGAAGAUCUAGAUAAAGUUAAACUCAUCGAAUACUACCUUAGUAAGAACCAAGAGGGGUCACCUGAGAACUUGCAGAAGGCAGAAUUAAGUGAUGGCCAAAGGAUUGAGCCAGGGGGAAUAGACAUCACUCUCAGUAGUUCUCUUCCCCAGGCCGGUGAGCCCCCAACAGAGGGCAAUAAAGAGCCAGAUAAAAACUGGGUGAAGGAGAGAGCACCCCAUCCCCUACAGCUGGGCUCUCCUACAGAAGAAAAUCUGAGUCAAGAGUCUCUAGGCAACUCUUUGGAAUCUACCCAGGACAAAAGCUGCCAGGGCGCACAAAUGGAUAAUAAGUCUGAAAUCCAGUUAUGGCUGUUAAAGAGAAUUCAGGUACCUAUUGAAGAUAUACUUCCUUCGAAAGAAGAAAAAAGCAAGACUCCACCCAUGUUCCUGUGCAUUAAAGUGGGAAAACCGAUGAGGAAAUCCUUUGCCACACACACGGCAGCCAUGGUCCAGCAGUACGGCAAGCGAAGGAAGCAGCCCGAGUACUGGUUCGCUGUUCCUCGGGAGAGGGUGGAUCACUUGUACACAUUCUUUGUUCAGUGGUCUCCUGACGUCUAUGGGAAGGAUGCCAAAGAGCAAGGCUUUGUGGUGGUGGAAAAGGAAGAACUGAAUAUGAUCGACAACUUCUUCAGUGAGCCGACCACCAAGAGCUGGGAGAUCAUCACUGUUGAGGAGGCGAAGCGCAGGAAGAGCACGUGCAGCUACUAUGAAGACGAUGACGAGACAGCCCUGCCGAUUCUGCAGCCCCAGAGCGCGCUCCUGGAGAACAUGCACAUCGAGCAGCUGGCCCGACGCCUUCCAGCCAGGGUACAAGGGUAUCCAUGGAGACUCGCGUAUAGCACAUUGGAGCACGGGACCAGCUUGAAAACCCUCUAUCGGAAAUCAGCAUCGCUAGACAGUCCUGUCCUGCUGGUUAUCAAAGACAUGGAUAAUCAGAUUUUCGGAGCAUAUGCCACUCAUCCUUUCAAGUUCAGUGACCACUAUUACGGCACAGGCGAAACUUUUCUCUACACAUUUAGCCCCAAUUUCAAGGUCUUUAAGUGGAGUGGAGAAAACUCAUACUUUAUCAAUGGAGACAUAAGUUCCUUAGAACUUGGUGGUGGAGGGGGACGAUUUGGUUUAUGGCUAGAUGCUGAUUUAUACCAUGGCCGAAGCAAUUCCUGUAGCACUUUCAAUAAUGAUAUUCUUUCCAAAAAGGAAGACUUCAUAGUUCAGGACCUCGAGGUAUGGACAUUCGAGUGAAAUUCAGGCUGCCUUAAAAUACAACAUUAAAAGGAAAGGGUUUGGUCAGCUCCCCUAAAGCUGGCUGGAAGACAAAGCCCCAGCCCAGACUGCCUCCUCCCACCGCCAUGCGUUCUUCCUGCCGUCAUCUCAGAGCACGAUCACAUUGCAGAGAGAUCCUGGGAGGCGCCUGUGGAGGGCAGACACUGACCAGAGAGAUUGGAAGUCCAGAUUGUUGAGAGACUUGUACUCCCAGUUUCAUCAAAUCCAUACAGUGAAGAACCAGAGUAUUUAUAGAUGUAUGAGUUGAAUGCAAUUUUUAUUUUUGGUAACUGUGAAAAAAAAAAGAUACUGUGGAAAUAUAUACAUGCCUUGUGUAUUUAUCAACAUAAUUUUCAUUACCAAAAUGUACAGCAUACUAUUGUUUGCCAUGGGAAAGGUUAGUCUCGUUUAGAAAAAUUGAAAGUGUACAGCACUUCAAGGGAAUUUGUAUAUGAUUUUUUUAAAGGAAACUUUUAUUUAUUAUUUCUAGUAUAUUGUCUAAAAUGUGUUGCCAGUUUUUUUCUUUUAAUGUGUCAAAUCUUGAAAUAAAGAAGUGUGCUAUGUUUUGGCGACAAUUCCACUUGAUUUAUAUAGUUUUAUAUUGAGCUUUUUUUGCCCUGAUUGUUUAGGGUGAUAGAUCUUAAACAGCAUAUACAUGGAUAUAUAUAUGCUUAAUUGUGAACUUUAGAAAACUCAUCACCAAUGUUCAUUGAUUUGACUGUUAUAGGCCAGCUUUCCAUGUAGUCAUUAAAAAGGUAUAUUUUUAGUUACUUGCUCUGAACAUAGUUGUGUAAAGAAGAGUAAGCCAUUUCUCACAGUUAUGACUUGAUAUUUACAGAAGUGGAUACCUUUAAGAACCUAGAGUAGAACAAACCCUGCUUUGGAAUAGAAAAUGGUUUGUUUCUUACAAAAUCAUUUGUGGUUAGUAACAAAAACUUUAUUUUCAUAGUGUUUUCACAUAAUUUCCCCCAAGUUUCUACACUAUCAAACAGGCCUCUGUUUUUAAAGGGACUGAGUGUUUUAAUUUCUGCAUAUUUUAUAUCAAAUGGAAAAUAUCAAAUUAGCCCAAUUGUCUUGGUCUCUAGACUCCCUUGUUUGAGAAAAAACAAUGCAAAGAAAUGCAUUCAUACCAAAAUUGGAACAAAAAGUAAAGCCUAUUUUUUAACAUCAACCCAUUUUUAACAUCAUAAAACACUGUUUUGUUAAAUAUAAUAAUAAAACCUUGUUAAAGUUUAACCAAUAUUAUUGAUUGCCAGACUUUUAUGAAAGCCAAAGACUGCUAAUGUAACACAUGUUCAAGUAAUAGCCAAAGCUGAGAGGUGGUCUGUCAUAACUUACAUCCCCAGUCAUCUCGGAAGGAAAAAAUUAAUAACAAAAGUAGUAUUUAUAUAACUGCAUUUAGAAAAAUAAAACAGUUCUUAGAAUGUAAGCCUUAAGUGGGCAGAAUAUUUCCUUUAGAUUAUUCUCUUAUUUUGGACUGUUUAUAAAAGAGAACAAAUUGCCAAGUGGCCUUUUGUCAGAUCAACAGUUACCUAACUCCACUGACAUUCCAUACAAGUUUAAAUGAAUGCUGAAAAUCUGAAGUCUGUAGCCUGGGUGUGCUUUCUCCUGAGUUCUUCUAUUGAGAAUUCUUGAUGAAAAACAUACUGGCAGUUUAACCUUAAGCUGCUCAUUAAAUCAUGUGUUGGUGUGAGAUAUCAGGAAUGUCUCAUGAUGAUCACGUUUACCAUUUAUGCCAUUUGCAACCAUAUGCUAUUAACAAACAAAACAGUCAUUUUGCAUAUAGCUCACUCUUACCUAGUUUAGUCCAUGAUAUUACACGUACUUGUGAGAGCAUAUCCAGAUGCUGUGUUCUCUACUUAAAACAGUGUUGCCCAAUCAGAAAUGUGUGGCCCUUCAUUUAUGAAUAUUGAAUAUAUGUAAUGCAGUGCUAGCCCAAUAUUUUCAAUAAAGGAAUUUAUGCAUUCA